AUGGAGCCCUUGACUCUUCUACAGGGGCUUAAGCAACUAGAUUUUCGAAGCAAAUCUACCAAGCAUUUAUGGAUUGCAUACAAAAAAAGAUUAAAGGAAGUGGCUCCAACAAUUGAUUUUAACCAGUUGUCCAUGUUGAUUCUAAAUAUACCUUUAUUUGUUGACAGGAAUUUUGUAUUGCUUGAAUCACUGAUGGGUAAUCUUAUUAACAAAUCAUUUACCGGGCAAUUUGACAGUCACAAAUCACUAAUUAAUUUGCUGAAACAUUUAAGAUCAAUUGGCUAUACUAAUAGCUCGUUUGUCGAAUAUGUGACUGUUUAUUUUGACCAACUUGCAUUAUCUAAACUUAAUAUACAUAUGUUGGCUGAUUUGUGCAAUAGUAUGGAAAAUUGCACACAAGAAUUUACUUCAAAAUUAUCCAAUACAUUCCACUUUCUACUAAAAUCGAUCGAUUUGGACAUUUCUGCAUAUAGUAGUAUAGAAUCAGCUGCUAAAUGUUUAAUUGGAUUAUCCAAACUUUCUAACGGAUUGGAUCGUGAAUUAUCAAAUAUUGGUAAGCAGUUAUUGAGCAGAUUACAGCCAUUUUCCGAACCUCUAACGCCAUUAUUGUUACUUAAUUCAAUAAUUAGAGAUGAAACCUUUGAUGUGGAAUUGUAUGAUCAGUAUAUAAACGAUGCACUGGCUAAAAUAAAUUAUGAGAAUGUAUCAAAGGAAAUUGUAAGUAAUUUGUUACAAUUAUCAUCCAAAAUCAGGACAUUGCCGAAUAUUUUUUUUAUUAACGAUGUCAUAACCAACUCACUUAAUUCAAAUUUGAUAAUCUACAAUGGAGUUGAUACUAUAGAACUACUACACUUAUGUAUCAAAAUGGAGAAUUGUGAGAUAGCUAUACGAAUAAUUGAUAAUAUGAAGAUCGGUAAAUUGAGUUACAAUGAAUGCUUAGCAUUGCUGGACUGCUUUUACCAUCUGAAGAAUAAAUUCAAUAUCGAUAUUGUGAAGGCCGGGUAUGUAAUGGACCAAAUAAAUUACCAGUUGUGUUAUAAACCCGAAGUUCCAUUAUUGAAGAAACUAAAGUUGGGAUAUGUUGAACAACAAACAAUUAGUCCAAUUAGUGGUGAGGUAAUUACCCAAUUUUGCUAUAUUGCAUCAAUCGCAGCCGAAUUUGAUGAAUCAUUUGACGCGGCACAACAUAUGGUUAUUUCAAUCGUAAAUAGCAUUAAAUCUCAAUAUUUGUGGUCAAAACUAACACCAAUAGAUAUACACAACUUACUGUCUUCCAUAAGCAAGCUAAAAAUUAGACAAGUAGAUACAUUGGAUACUAUAGCAACGCUUCUGGACGGUAUAAAUAUUGACCAUGCUCUAAAUGUUAAAAUAACCAAAUCAUUUGCAGAACUUGGCUACCCUUGGGUUGAGUAUUCUAACGUUUUUAGUAGGGGGAGGAAGUAUUUAAUUGCCAAGUUUGCAAGCUCCAAUAAUUCACAUUUGUUUAUUCACAACACAAGUAGUAAGGGUGCUAGCAUCAUUCGUAAUGAUGAUUGUUUAAAGGCAAACUUUUUGUAUGGAUUUGCAACAAGAAGUAAUGUUAUACCGUUCAGAAUCAGCAAAUUGGUAAAUCGAAACCUGUGGAAUGUACCUUUUAAUUGGCACCAUUUGUUUAAUGGUUCAAACUGUGACACUCACAAAGUAGCAUUGGAUAAAUUGGAGAAUAUGAUUAGUGAUAAUGGGUAUAAAGUAUUUAAAAGGAAUGUAAAGUGGAAGGGGUUGUUUAAUGUAGAUAUCCUUGCGAUUAAAUGUAAUAUUAGCAAGCCUGGCAAACCCAGUAAAUCAUUUACCAAAAAUUUUGUUGCAAUAAAUUUGCUGAUGCCUGGAGAUUUCUACACAGAUGGAUCAGUUGUAUCCCGCAAACGGCUACAACUACACCUACUGGCACUAGACAUUGAUACCUUGAAUGUACAUUAUGAGGAGGUACUGAGAUAUAGACAAAAUAUAGCGACCCAAAGUAAUGAAGUUGAGAGACCAAAUUAA